AUGCCGCCGAUUCUGCGGGAAUGGGGAACCAAGUAUGGAGAGUUGUUCCGGACAAGAGCUGGAACAACAGACUUCAUCUGGCUGAAUUCGAAGGAGGCCGUCAAGGAGCUGUUCGAUAGGCGGUCUGCCAUAUACUCGAGUCGGCAGCCGAUGCCCAUGGCUUUUGACUGUGCUACAGGGGGAAAGAGGAUAACCUUCGCUCCGUAUGGGAAGACGUGGCGGGACUCGCGAGCCGUAUUCCAUAAGGUGCUCACGCAGAAGAUGGCGCAAGACUACUCCGUCAUCCAGCUCUUCGAAGCAAAACAGCUGGGCGUGGAUUUGCUGAACAACCCGCAAGACUUCUAUAUGCACAAUCGGCGCUACGCCGCUUCGGUGAUCAUGCAAGUGACAUAUGGCUGGCGAAUACCUAAGUGGGAUUGUCCCGAAAUACAUCGAAUCUUCCAAGUGCUAGGCCGAUUCGUGCAGUGUCGGAAACCAGGCCAGUGGCUCGUCGACGUCUUCCCUACACUUGCGAAGAGCAGACUCUUCAACAUGUUCUCCAGCUGGAAGCGUAUAGGGAACGAGUUCCACGCCGCGGAUAAUGCGACAUGGAUGGGGUUCUGGAACGAAAUGAAGCAAAAGGUGGCCGACGGGACGGCGCCCCAUUGCUUCGGCAAGAUACUGCAAAGAGACUACGAGAAGCAAGGCUUGACCGAGAGCCGGGCUGCAUGGAUAUGUGGCGGCCUGAUUGAAGCCGGCAGCGAGACAACAUCAGCCACUUUGAACAACUGCCUCUACCUCAUUCUCUCCAGUCCCGACUGCGUCGGCCGCGCUCACGAAGAACUCGACCGCGUGGUCGGCCCCAACCGCACGCCCACCUUCGAUGACGAGCCCAACCUCCCCUACAUCCGCGGUAUGAUCAAAGAAACCUUGCGCAUGCGCCCCAUCAACAAAUUCGGCAACAACCACUUCAACAUCGAGGACGACUGGUACAGUGGGUACUUCAUUCCCAAAGGCUCCAUAGUAAUGGCGAACUGGUGGUCUAUCCACUACGACGAAAAGUACUAUCCACAACCGGAUAAAUUCCUGCCGGAGCGCUGGCUCGACUACCCGCACAGCGCGUCAAAAGCCGCCGCGCUCCCUGACGGCACCCAGAGAGAUCAUCUGACGUACGGCGGCGGGCGGCGCAUAUGUGCGGGUAUACAUCUUGCGGAAAAGAGUUUGUUCAUCAAUGUUGCGAGGAUUCUUUGGGGUUUUGAUAUAGGGCUUGCGCGGAACGAGGACGGCAUGCCGAUUGCGUUAGACUUCUCGACUAAGAGCUUGCAGAAGGGGAGCUCGUCGGUGACGAGGCCGUUUCCUUGUGAAAUCAAAGCGCGGUCCCAGCAUCAUGAGAAGAUCAUGAGGGAAGAGUGGACCGUCGCGCAGAAGAAGGGAAUUGACUUUUCGCAUAUUCAGUGGUCGGUGUAA